CCCCACUGAGGCUCUCGAGUCGAGCUCCCACGCCGCCUGUGCAGCCUCCGUCUACGACAGAGCGGCCAGAGCAGGAAGCGGAAUUAACCACAAACCUCGGCAUGCUAGUGCAGCGGUCUCUGACAGCUCGGCGCAAACCUGCAGUCUGGGAGGGACGGUUCGACCGCGGAGACGCUCAUUUGAAGAUUAAAGCAGGAUGUGGCGCGAAUUAUGAACCGCACGCGCGCGAAAUAAAGAAACGCGUUUUUGAGGCUGAAGUUUCAACAGUUCUGAAACGCUAGCUACAUGCUAACGCUGCUGGGUCGUAGGAGCAGCAGCGUCGCUUCUUCUCCCGCUUAGUUUUCUACUGCGCUGUAUUUUGAUGCAACAGCUCUCUUUACCGGCAGAAGUGGGAGUUUUGAAAAACUAGCUAGGUGCUAAUACUGUUACGGUCGUAGCUUCGCUCCUUAGCUCGCUAUUAUUCUGUAUUUUGGUACAACAGCCCUUUUGUGGCGAGAAAACCCGGAGCUAGUAGCCACACAGACCAUUUUCUGUAGUCGUACGGAGCCUGAACGCUCGUCGGGCCGACAGAACACAGUAAACGUGUAUAAACGAGUGUAGACGGCGGGUGAACGUGUAAGAUGUCAGCGGACAGGUGGUCGUGGACUUUGACAGGAGCGACAGUAGCCACUGUUACGGCGCUAUACCUGCCCAGUGUCCCGCGGACGGUCCCCGGCGGAGACUCAGGAGAGCUGAUCACGACUGCUUGUGAGCUGGGGGUGGCCCAUCCCCCUGGAUACCCUCUCUUCACCAUGCUGGCCUUUCUAGCCCUUCAUCUAUUGCCAGGCAGUUCUCCUGCACACAGCAUCAAUGUGCUGUGUGCUCUGCUGGGGGCAGGGGCCAGCGGGACUCUCUGCUACACUGUCUGCAGGUUGGCUGGGCCUGGCCCGGGAGCUGUCCUGGCAGGGGGCCUUUUUGCCCUGUCCAAACUGGUAUGGCAGUGGUCAAUAGUGGCUGAGGUGUUCGCUCUCAACAACUUUUUUGUGGGUCUCCUUUUCUCCCUCUUAACCUGCUUCCAUAAAGCAGAGAAUGUGGCUCAGAAGACAAAGUUUUCUCUGUGGGGGGCGCUGUGCUGUGGACUCAGUUUGUGUAACCAGCACACUCUGGUCAUCUAUGUGCUCAUCAUCAUUCCCUGGGUGCUGCUCCAGCUCUACACUCACAAUGGCUUGUGUUUUUCGGGUUUAUUUUCUCUGGGCCUGUGUUUCUUGGCUGGAUUUCUGCCCUACCUCUACCUGCCCAUCUCUUCAUACCUGAACCAAGCCCGCUGGAGCUGGGGGGACCAGACAUCCUUAGGUGGCCUGAUCACACACCUGCUGAGGGCUGAGUACGGCACAUUUAGCCUGGUACACAUUCUCCAUCUUACAGAUGAAGCAAAAUCAGAGGGAAAAGUUAACAUGGGGAAGAUGCUGCAGGCUCAGUUGAAUCACUGUGUGGCAGAUCUCUCUGCUCCUGUGUUAUUAUUAGCAGUGAUUGGUCUGCUGCAUGCUUCACUGAAAAGGAGGCACUGUGCCUUUGUGUUGCUGUUUGCUGCUAUGGUGAGUCUCUAUUCUGUGUUCUUUGCCUGGAGAGCCAACCUGGACAUUGAGAAGCCCCUGCUGCUAGGAGUAGUGGAGCGGUUCUGGCUGCAGGCUGAUGCUGGUGUUUGUGUUCUGGCUGGUGUGGGGCUGAGCUGGUCUGUGUGCUGGUUGAAGAAGCGACUGGGCUGGGAUGCUGUGUGGACCACAGGGGCGUGGCUUCUCACUGUUGGACUGCUCUCACAAAUGAUCCACUCAAACCAUAGAGAGUGUGAUCUUAGCAGCAGCGAUGUGGUGGAAAAGUUUGCUCGUGAGGUUGUAUUUUCGUUCCCAAAUGGCUCAUUGGUGCUGACGCGGGGUGAUCUCCCCGGCAACACCCUCCGCUACUUGCACUACUGCCAGGGCCUGAGGCCGGACCUCAGCCUUGUUGACCAAGAGAUGAUGACAUAUAGCUGGUAUGUGUCUAAGCUUCAGCAACAUUUUCCUGGAGUGAAGUUCCCUGGGCACCUUUGGGACCCAGUUAACACUGAAGAGAAAAAUAGCUUCAACAUUGAGCAGUUCCUCCAGCACAACACACAGCCCGUGUUUGUAUGCAUUGGUCUAUCGGAGGGGGACCUGAGCUGGGAGAGGACGUUCUCCCGCUGGCCAUGGGGGGUGUGUGAGCAGCUGGUACCCAUUACCAGCCGCUUGCACCCUGAGGAGUGGGCACAGCGCACGCAAAACCUAUACAACUGGAGCCAGCCACAUGACAGCUUUCCCCCUGGCUCAUGGGAAAGAGUGGCCAAUGAGGAGAUGUGGCAGGCCAGGAUGAAAAUGGCAUUCUUCCUUUUUGACCUUGCUGAGAGGAUGGAGGGAGAAGGCCAGGCUCGUCUCUAUGACCUCUCUUACAAUCUGUACUCCCAAAUUGUGGAUGCCCAACCUGACUAUCCAUCCAACUGGGAUAAGAAUCUGGCUCUUGCUGCAGAGAGAUUGCUCCGCUCUGGGGGCGGCAACCAUGAGGCAGACUCUCUUCUGAGCCGCAGUAUUCAGCACUUCGGUCGCUAUCUUCAGAGAGAACCCACAGACCCUCAGCGCCAGGCCAUCCACUCAGCCAUCAUGCACCUCCGCAAAGAAAGAGAGAGGCUCAGAGAAUCUCAAAGGCAGAAACACUAGAUCUCUACUAAACCAUUCUGAAAAACCUGGGAGGACCAAGAAAUACCUACUGUAGGUAGCUGUCUGCUCAGAGAGAGAUUUAAAUAGCCAACCAGAUGGGGAAAGGGUGACAGAAACUUGAAUUCUAAGAGUGCUGAGUGCUGAUGUAGGUAUGAUAAUGUGUAGUAAGCAUAGAGAAUGAAGGGUCAAAUCACUGUUGAUGUGAAUUAGAGUGAUGGACAUUACUGCUCUGUGAUGGUGUAGGAUUCUCUUCAGUACUGUACAGAGUACUGUGGUGUGCUUAAGUGCUGAAUAUAGAUGAAUAUAAGAUGAUUGUGUAAGAUACAGCAUGUCUUCAAAAAAACUGAGCAAAAUGGGCUUUAGUUUUUUAGUCGGCUGUGAUAUAAUUAGGAAGAGAUGAAGGCCUUCUAGAUGAAGCCAUUCUGGUCUUUUGUUUACAUUGAUUUUAUGGGGUACAUACAAUAUUCUAUAUAUUGUAUCUUGUCUUGGGCUCCUGUAUGAGUGGUUGUUUUGGCAACAUUUGAAUAUUCACAAUGAUAAUGCAAAAGCACAGUACUUGUUUUUGAGCUGACAGACUUUUGAUACAGCACAACACCAUUGUCUGAGAUACUGUGCAGUGUUUCUUCAGGUGACAUCCUGGUUUGAGAAGCGUGAGGAGCAAACUGAAAAUGUUAAUAUUACAUUAAUAUCCUUUCUGCUAUUAGGCAGACAUGACUCUCUCUCUCUUUCUCUUUCUCUUUUUCUGUCUGUCUCUCUCUCACUCACUCACUCAUAAUUAUCCUUUAGCCCUCCUGCUGUCAUGUGUCUCUGGCUCCCAUAUUAGGAGCAUGGCAGUCUGGGAUUGAGAUCGGAGGGGAACCCAAUUUGGGAACAGCCAUAAGAGAUUAAGAAUGGCCUGUUAAUCUGGGGCAGCCUCUUAAAAUGGCCCCAUCCUUUUCUCUACCCCCACGUUAUCUGUCUCCACCCCCUCUGCUGCUCAGUGCACUCCCAGCUCCUUUGAACUCCAAACGUUAAUGUAUUUGAUGAGCCUGUUUAUAUUUAUUUUUAUAUUCAUAAAUCUAUCUAUUUGUUAAGACGACGGUCCAAGCUGGUAAUCCCUGAUGGAUUGAGCUGAGAAUACAGUAUGUCAGUUUGCCAGAGACCCUUUUAGAGGUACCAUGCGUGCGACAGAACCUCCCACCCCCUACACACACAUGCUUGCAUGCAUACACUUGUGGCCCCACACGUUUUGGUUUCAGCAGUACUUUAAGCAUUAUGAUUUAUAGGCUAUAUGUUUUCCUUCUAGCUUUGAUGUCGCAUAAGGAAUAUAUGAUAUCUGCUGUCCGUACACAGUGUAGAAGGAGAGUGAAGAAGGUGCAAAAGUGCUGAUGCCCUGUGUAGGGUGUUUUUGAAAAGUGAUCUCUCAAAAUUUUGCUUUUCAUUUCUGUCUUCCUGACUCGUCUGUUUCUCUGUAUCUGUUUCUCUCUCGCUUUCUCUGCUGACUGUCGCUCUGUUUCUCUCUGUCCCUCUCUCAGCCGCUCUCUCUCAUCUGAGGGAUUGUGUGAACCCAUGGAAUCGCCGUGACCGCGGAUGCAGGCAGGGCGCCACGGCAACACUGGAAUGUGGGCCGCCUGAGCAGAUAAGAGUGGAGAGCCCAGCCAGCGGGAGGUGGGGGGUUGGUGAAGAGAGAGAAAGUAAGAGAGGAGUAAAGGAGAGGAUGCAGGGCUAGAACCAGGCACAGGAUGGGACAGGAUAAACAAAUCAGUCAGGAAGGAUGUGGACUGAAGGAUAGAUAUUAUUAAAAAUAUGCAACUGUGAAACAAAUGCUCAAAGAGCAGAGAAAAGGUGAGUAAGGUGAGCGAGCCUCUUAAUUGCAAACCCUGAGCAAAAGCCAAAAGAGAGAGUGAGAGAAGAGCAGUGGAACAGGCACACACACACAGAGGAAGAUGGGAAGCCAGCCUUAUUCCUCUUUGCAUUUCAUUUACAUCCCUGGCUGUAUCGACCAAUCGGAUUGGGAGCAAAGCCCGGGGCUUAGGAGGGGAAUAAAAAGACAAAAAUGCCUUCGCUGCUCUCAUCCCUCCCUGAUAAUACCCCCUUCUGUUUUUCUUUCUCUCCCUGCGCCCGGAGAGGAGUAGAUACUGUCCGAAAUGCCAGAGCAGAAGCGACACCUCCGCUUGCUGCGUCUCGCCGAUAGACCCCGCCAGCGGCGUGCUGAAAAGAGGGCUUUAGCUGCGGGGCCUAUCUCCUCUCCUUCCUCUGACUGGGGGGAGAGGGUAGGAGGGAAGGAGGGAAGAGAGGGGGAGAAAAGGAAAGCACUGAGCUGGCCGCUGUACCAACGGCAUAUUAUGAAGGGGGUGCAAAUGAAACUUUGGCCACUGUUGCAGAUUACUGUGUAUGUGUGUAUAUAGAGAAGCCUGGCUAGGAGGCUGUGAAUUUGUAUGUUAUACCACAGAGCUGGGCAAGAUGAACAGGGGGUAAUGGUGGCAAGGAGCAUGUACUGAAGACAUGUGAUCUGUUGUUUGAAUCCCUUUUGGUCAAUUAUAUCAAUAUCCAGUACAUUUCAUGUUUCAUGUCUGUUUUCAAUGACAGAAUCCCCCCAAAAAAGCAUGAGGUAUUUUUUUUUUAUUUUCUGUGUCUAUGUGUGAAUAGUUUUUAGUGUUGCUGUGAAUUCACUGUGACUUUAGUGCAUUGUAAAAAAUAAUUCUAAAGGGUAAAAAAUAGUUUGAAUAGAAUCAAGGUGAACAAACUCUGAAAGAAUUAUAAGCGAGGUCAGGGAUUCACUCCCCUAAAGAAUGUCUUGAUCCAUAGAAACAAAUGUUCCCUGUUAUUAAUAACAAUUCAAAAAACAGUGGGCAAGAAGAAGUGCAAAAAGCUGUAUUAUGUAUGUCUACACUCUUACCCCUUGUUAGGCUGAAUCUCACUGGCCUCCACAGGACCCCUCCAUACCACCUCCAUCCUCCACCUCUUCAUCUAUCCCUUGCUUUAUUAAAGCUUCGAACAAUAGAGGUAGAUAUACUGCGGAUUAGGGAGAAGUGGGAUUGGGAGCUGUCUCCGUUUCCCUGCAAUGGUUCUUGAACCAUUUGCUUAAUCCCUGGCCCGGGACCCAAAUAGCAGCACUGGGCAGGCCGGAGUGGGCGAGCAGAGAGUGAGGGAGGGAAGGAAAAGGUUUGGUAGUGGUGGUGGCACGGGGGGUUAACGGGGGAUGCUGUGCGAUGGCCAUGGCUGCACUGGGCCUGGGGUCUGUGACACUCCUGAUAGGAAUGAGGCCACACCAUAGCACUGCAGGACACAGGAAGGAAUGUGAGCGAAUGAAUGGCAUUCAGUGGCUGAGGGGGCUUUAGACAAUGGGCUGCCUCCUUUUGAUGAAUUGUGUACAGGUGUUAGCAUGUGUGUGCGUGUGCCUGUGGCCCAGUGCACCUGCUUUCUAGUGUCUGAGCAAAUGGUACUUGACGAAUUUAAUUGCUGUGCUGUGCACGUUUUCAAACAUGCAGUUUAACAGAUGUUCGCAACGUGCCUUUCUGUGAUAAGACAGCUAUGAUAUUUAUUUGAAGUAUCAAAAGCAACUUUAGAGGAGAUCUUCUUUGACUCUCAAAGAGGCAAAAUGCCCCCAUUAUGUGAUCUCUGUAUAGGACUAUUUAAAUAAUUGAGGGUAAACUCACACAUUAGACACCUUUAUGAAUGCCUCCAGGCCUUGGCAGAGGUGCCUUAUAGAAGAGGCUGCACUGCUGGUGGGUAAGAGAUGAUAUCUCAGCUUUCAUGCGAUGAGUUACUCCCUGUGUGUGUGUUUGCGUAUAUGUCUGUGUGUGUGUAGGCCCAAAGCAGUUUUUCCAAUUAAACGGGCUCCUCUCUCUCACCCCUCAGGUCCUAAUUUUGUGCCACAUUAAGAAAGCGCAGCGCCAUUGAGGACACACAGCCACAUUUUCAUAAUUUGCUGCCUCAGUGUGCAUAUGUCCUGCUGCAGCUGUGGCCGUAUCUGAAUGCCAGCCUGGGGAGGAAGAGCAGCCUGCCUGCCACUGGAAAGAGAGUGUGAGAGCUGAAAAAAGAGUGCAAAAGAGAACCAGCCCUGCCACAUUAGCAGGAGACUUCUGACUCUCAAUAACAGACCCUCUUGAAGGUAUAAGUGUCAGAAAAGUUUUUUUGGUAAGAUGCUAUGGAAGAACCACUUGUGCUUUCCUUAAAGCACCUUUCAGCAGACUGAAGUAGAGGUAAAAGUACCUUUCCCAAAAAAAAAAAAAAAAAAAGUAUUAUAAUUAUUAAAUAUUAACUAUAAUAUAGUUAUAUAGUUAUAGUUAUAUUAUAUAGUUAUAUAAUAAUAAUUUCUUCUUCUUCCAAUGCAUUGAGUUCGCUUUAGAAUUGCAGCAAAACCUUUUACUACAUACAGCAUCUAUAAGCAUAGUUACUGAAAUGCUGUUUUUCUUAUUUUGCUUCACUCCUGGUCUAAAAUAAAAUGAUAAACUUCAAACAUAAGAUGUCUGACCAAUAGCAAUGCACUACAUAUACUGUUGCCAUUGUAACAAUGACAUUAAACACAAUAAUAAUUACUAACUUUCCUAAUUAAGAUAAACUCACUAAGCACUUUAUUGGGAACCCUGUACUAAUGCAGGGGAGGGCCGCCCUUUGCUCUUAAAAUAGCAUACAUUUUUUGUGGCAUGGUUUCCAUCAUUACUUUGAGGUUCUGGUUUAUGUUCACAUGUUUUGUCAUGCAGUUCAAAUGCAAUUUCAUUCAAUAAGUUCUACCACAUCCCAAAGGUGUUCAAUUAGAUUCAGAUCCAGGGACUGCAAGGGUCACUGAAGAACACUGUAGAACUCGUUGUCAUGUUCAUGAAACCAGUUUAAGAUGACUUUUGCUUUGUGACAUGCUGCAUGGUGUCAUGCUGGAAGUAGUAUGAUAGAUUGGUAAAUAUAGUCGAGAAGGCAUGCACAUGGUUAGCAGCAACAAUACUCAAAUAGGCUGAGGCAUUCAACUGAUGAUUGGUAUUAAUGAGCCCGAAAUGUGCCAAGAAAACAUUCCACACGCAAUUACAACACUUCCAUCAGCCUACAGAAAUGGAACCUGUUGUGGUCUUCUGCUGUUGUAGCCCAUCCGCCCUAAGGUUCAACAUGUUACGUAUUCUGAAGUGCUUUUCUUCUCACUACAGUUGUACAGUCCCAGGAGAUCAGCAGUUAUAGAAAUACUCAAACCAGCCCAGCAGGCAUGACUCAGUCAAAAUCACUGAGAUUACAUUCUCCUGACACAUUCUGAUGGUUGAUGUGAGCAUUAUCUGAAGCUGCUGGCCCAUAUUGGCAAGAUUUUGUGCACUGCACUGCUGCCACAUGAUUGGCUAAUUAGAUAGUUGCAUGAAUAGGUAGGUGUACAGGUGUUCCUAAUAAAGUGCUCAGUGUGUAUGUACUUAAACAAAGGUAAAAUCAUAUCUAUAUAUAAGUAUUUGAAAAUACUCAGGAAAGUACAAAUUAAUAAAAAAAAAUACUGAAGUACAUAUAAACUAUCUCUGCUUUUUACUAGAUGGAGGUUCAUUUGAGGAAAUUGUAAAUGAGUUGGAUAAGUGUGAAGAACCUUUUCAAGGUUUACGAACUUCCAUAUCAGGUGAAAGUUUUAUAGCAAUUAAAGUGUUUUCCUAGAACUACAGACCCAAGCCGAAAACAAUUUAAGAAACUUUAUUUUUAUGAGUGUAACUCAAAAGUAAUACUGUUGAUUGUUAUCCCACCCUUACUCAAAGUGGGAAUACUUCUUCUACAAGCACAGUACGCUGAAACACAUUUUUCUUUUGUAUUACUAUAUUAGCCUGGUCCUUUUGUUUUUUAUCACUGAUAGAAUACAUCUGUUUACAUUUGAACAAUUUCUGUUUUAAGCUCGAGUCGCAGCCUAUGGGCAGUACCCACUGCUUGUGUGUGCUUUUCCCCCCUUCAUCCCAGUCGUAGUAAAACAGAUGAUAAACGCAUCAAUGAAAAGGAUUAAUGAGGCUGGUUUACACUGCAUAGUUUUAGUAGUUUAUGAUUCAUAAUGGUGACAAACAUUGGAACAGGGUCUGCUUAGUUGACAGUUUUUUUUUUUUUUUUUUUUUUACCAUUUUUUGUGGAAAAUAUUUGUGAAGGGCUUAAAGGGAUGAAUCACAUUUUGAAAAGUUUACAUUUCCACCCUGACAGACAGGAGCUAAUCGCGCCGUUGGGGGAACAUUUAGAGAACGUUUCAUAAUGGGCAGACACCAGCUAAUCUAAAAAGCUCCCCAUUUACAAAUGGAAAUCCCAGGAUCCAAUUGGGCUAAUGAAGAGAGUUGAGCGGGAUAAUAAGAUGUGCUGUAAUGCUGUGUAAGAGGCCUGUAAUGUUGUGCUGGUGGUGGAGCCUCUGCGAUGAGUUGUGUGUGUGACUGACUGGAGAGACUUCCAGAAGCCUGGAGGCCUGGCCGCUGCGCCCUGUGCCUCUCUCUGGGCCCACAUCUGCCUGGAUCCUGGGACUGUGGAUCUGAGCAUGGCACACUGUGCACUCAGCUCAGCCUUCAGCCCUGUGAGUUAUUGCUGCUCUUGGUCUGUUUUGCCUUUUUUGCAUUUAGAACCGUGGUUCUCAACCCUGGUCCUGCAGUACCCUCGUUCUGCUUAUUUUAAUGUUUUUCCUAAUCUGACACCUAGCUUGUUGCUAUACAGAAGCUUGUUGUUAAUUUUCUGAUUAAUUGGAUCAAGCAUGUUAAGACUGAAAAACAUCUGGAUAUGCAGGUUGAAUUGCAAUGCAGUGUAAGGUAGAUAAAUGUAAGUGCAACUAUAUACUUUAUAAAACAAUUCUUCAUGGUUUUUAAUUUUUUUUUUUUUUUUUUUUUUUUAGUAAAGGUAAUAGAUGUAUAGAACCAUUUAAAUUUAUAAAAUGUGUCUAGCUCCAGUCCUGUUGGGCCAAAACACUGCAGAUUUUAGCACACUACCUCAUUAAACACACUUGUUUUAGCUCAACAGCUAAUUAGCAGACCUUUAUGAACUGAAUUGAGAGGGUUAGAUGAGGGUUAACGCUAUUCUCUGCAGCACUUUGGCCCAGAACGUCCUCAGUUUGACAUGUCUGGUGUCUGGUAGGUUUGUCUCUGUGAGUGGAAACUUUGUUGUAUAUAGAACUUUAAAGAGCUUUUAAAAAUGAUUCUGUAUAGCACUAAAAAAUGCAUUGUUGGCACACCUUUUUAAUGCAAAGCUUAGAGUAUAGAACCUUAUUAUGCAGCAGUGUUGUUUAGUGCCCAAAAAUGUUGCCAACCGGUUCACUGUUCCACAACAGUUGUCCCUACAUUAAAUGUAAACUUGCCCAAUCAAACCUACUGUAUACAAAUGGUAUGAUUUCAUAAAAACACAUGAUUUUAAGCUUCAUAAGAAAUGUGGACAUCUGAAGAAACUGCUUGUAUUCCAAGAAUUUAUUUAUUUCUUUAUCAGAAAAUGAAAAUCCUGGAGGGGUGACAAUCCUGAGCAAUUAUUCCACAGAAGGUUGGCACCAGAGGUUUAGUGUUAUGACUGCUCAAAUUAAAGAGUAAAGUUUACUGUUUUAAUGCAGCACUAUGGAGGAUUUGGGGAUUUGGAGAACACUCAGAGAACACUCAGAGAACAUGCAGAGGAUUUUGUAUCAUCAGUUGUGCUUUGGACCACCACAAGCGGAUAAAUCUGAUGGCUCUGAGCUUGUUGAAAGAUUCAAAGAGAACUCAAAUUCAAUUCAAAUUCAAAGAGAACUCAGUCAAAACUUGGUGAAGGACACAUGUGAGUUAUCCACUGUUGUCAUCAUUAAGCUGACUUUUUUUUUUUUUUUUUUGCAGGGCAUAUCAUGUUAUUUCAUAAAGAUGUAUGACAUGGUUUAAAAGCCCUUGUGAAAUCAGUCCUGACACCUGUGACUUUUAAGUUAUUGCAUCAGGCUUUCUAAAUUGACUUGUAGCUGAACACAUAUGCACACCAUAUUUUAAAGUGAUUUUCUCCUCACUCUGUAACGCUUUCAGUUUCACAAAAAAACUAACAUAGAUCUGCUUUAAGAAAAUGUUGCUUUUCGAAAAUUGUAUAGGAGAUGGAAAAAUGUUAUUAAUAUCUGUUGAUCCCUUAAACUUCAUUGUAUGUCUUAUCAUUCAGUACCUGCAUGAAAAAACAGAUUGAUUGAAUUAGUUAUUGCUCUAUAAAGGCUUAAUGUAUUUUAUUUAUUUUUUAAAAAAGUAAUACUUUUACACUAUUUAUUUGGGGCCAUUCAUCAUGAAAUGUUCUCAGAAUGUAGAGGGAAGCUGAUGUUUGAAAUGAUGUAUGCUAAGAAAUGUAAAAUAAAUGCAAAUAAAUGAAGUUAAAUGA